UUUCGACCGCUCCCCUUCCCUUCUACUCAGAGGGCUGGGUCUUACUUUUUCGCAGAACGAGGAGAAAAGGAGAAGAUCAGUAGACGCAGUCCAGAAGAGAAGGGAGAGUGUCCACUGCAAGAAGGAACUCCCAUUUUCACAGGCAGUUUUUGGCUUGUUUUCUCUCCGCAGUGAGCAGGAGCUUGGUCCCGCUGGCCUCGAGCACUCACCACUGAGGAGGAGAGAAGAACCACGGCAGUUUUGGGUAGACUACAGAAGACCGGGAAUCUCAGUCAAUAUGAUGCGUGAAGUGGGAACCCAAGUGAUGGAAUUCUACGACAAGCUCCUGAAUGGAAGGGAUGUCAGGGUUAGGGGGUACCCGCUGAUGCACAGCCCGGGUACAAUGACGGCCAUCCUGCUGGGCUACAUCUUUUUUGUUCUGUUCGCCGGGCCCCGUAUGAUGGCCAGCCGCAAGCCCUUCCAGCUGAAGGGGCCAAUGAUCAUCUACAACUUCUCUAUGGUGGUGCUGUCUACUUUCAUUGUGUAUGAGUUCCUGAUGUCAGGGUGGGUCACCACCUACAACUGGAGAUGUGACCCAUGUGACUAUUCAGAUAGCCCCGAAGCACUCCGAAUGGUUCGAGUGGCAUGGUUGUUCCUUUUUUCAAAAUUUAUUGAACUUAUGGACACGGUUUUCUUUGUCCUGCGUAAAAAGCACAGCCAGAUCACAUUCCUCCACAUCUUCCAUCAUUCCUUCAUGCCCUGGACCUGGUGGUGGGGCGUCUCCUAUGCGCCUGGGGGAAUGGGGUCCUUCCACGCCAUGAUCAAUUCUGUCGUCCACAUCAUCAUGUACUUCUACUAUGGCCUCUCUGCUGCUGGACCCAGAUUCCAGAAGUUCCUCUGGUGGAAGAAAUACAUGACUGCAAUCCAACUGGUUCAGUUCGUACUGGUAUCCCUGCAUGCCACCCAGUACUACUUCAUGAAGUCCUGUGACUACCAGGUGCCCCUGUUCAUCCACCUCAUCUGGAUCUACGGCACCUUCUUCUUCAUACUCUUCUCCAACUUCUGGUACCAGGCCUACGUGAAAGGCAAGCGGCUGCCUAAGCAGGCAGUGCAGGAGAAGCAGAAUGGCACAUCCAGCGGGUCCACCAUGGUGGCCAACGGCAAGCACCUGGAGAAUGGGACCACACACCACGAGAAUGGCAGCGCCCACAAUGGGAAAGUGAAGAAAGCCUAGGUUUGUAGGAACAAGGACACACAAAAUGUAUUCAAGAGAACCCUUACAAACACCACAGAUUCCAAAGCUUUGUUUUGUUUUAUUUUUUUCCCAGUUAAAUUUUCUAAUGCAAAAUCAUGGGGAGAUGAAAUGGUCAUUGGUUUCACCAGCUGGUUUCCCAUCUUCUUUCUUUAUGGGGAAUUAGCUGCGGAGCACGAUAUAUGAAGAGAAGACCUCCACUGAAGUAAUCUUCACUGAUGGUGCCCUUGAACCCAGGGUCAAAACUGCCUGUGUUAGGUCCCCUCCACCCACGACCUUGCCUCCCUCUGCUCCCCUGUAUACACCUAGGCAGGCAUGACUCCCCCCUGUGGACAAAGACAGACUUGAUAAACUUGAACACAUUUGUAAAUAAAGGUUCACUGUCAAAACUGGUGGGACGGGUGUGGCUGAUAUGGCCUAGAUUUUGCUACUGUAUGUAAGUUAAAUAAAUUAAAUGGAACAACACUGAAAUAAACAUUUUAAAAUAAGUGACUGUAUCUUGCUCAUGGAUAUUUUUUAAAACUGCCAUUUUGGAUUGAGCUUGGGUCACAGUUAUGUGCAACAACCUCCUAGUUGCUUUUCUAUAUUCUACCAAUUUAAAAAAUCCUUAAAACUAUCACCCACAAUAUUGUUGUCUUUAAAAUAUACACAUAUCAUUUCCUCAAAUGUUUGAAGGUACAAGGAUAUGUUCCACAGUUUACAUUUCCUGGUAAUACUAAUUUCCAAGGUAAUGUUGUAUGAAGGUAUAAAAAUAAUCGGGGUAGAUGUGGCUAAAAUUAUCACUAUCACAGGCAGUUUUGAUCCCCAUCUGGAAGCACUAUGGAGUCCAAUUUAUCUCUUAAAAAUAUCUGUUAAGAUUAUUUAAAUCCAGGUGUUAUGAAAAUGGCUAAACAAGUGUUGGUUUGGCAGACAAGUGCACUUUGCAUAUUGGUCCAUCAUCUUUCAAUAAUAUGCUGCAUUGUUUCAGUAAUUAUAAAAACAAGGUUCCAUUUCAGGUCCUACUGCUGUUCAACUAUCAUGUGUGUUUUCAGUUGUGCUUAUUUGGCCUAAAGGGUUACAAUUCCAUAGUGAGUUCAUCUUAAUGUCACCAGUCAUCAGUUAAAAGUUUCACAGUCUCCCAUUUUUUGCCAGCUUUGCCUACAGCAAACCCAGAUGAUGAAUAAAUAGGCUGAGACAUAAUCCAAAAACCUCCAUUCUCUAAAUUUAAAGAAUGGAGAAAAUUUAAAUUUAAAAUUUAAAACUCAUUUGUACCUGCCCCAUACUUUUUGAUAGUAGAUGUUCUUAUUCUUCUGUUUUCUAGACCCAGCUCUGUGGUCAGUAUAAUUUGUUUGGUUUUGCCCCCAAAGUUAGCAUUUGAUUGUUUCAAUAAAGGUUGGGAAACACACCCAUAUUAAUAUCUGAUUUAUUGCUUUUUUCCCCCACCGGUGUCUAUUCCUGUACAU